AAAAGCCCCAGCUAUCCCUUUUUUGCCUUUUUCUCUGCUCCUCACCUCACUCAUCAUUCAUCCUCGUCCUUGUUCCCCUUCAAUUGCUCCUCCGCCAAAAUCCACCCCUGUCCUCCAUGUUGACACUGUUAUUCGAGGCAACUUAACGAGCAGCACAACCCAACCGGCUCCUACGUAGUCCCAGUCCCAGCGUCGGCGUCGUCCCCCCUUCCCCCCUUGUCACCCGUGCCAGCUGACUGCAACGGACUCCACUCCUAUCUGUCCUGCCUGUGCUCCAUUUCCGGUGCCAGUGCUCUCUCUCACACACUUCUCGUUCUUGUCUCUCUUUCUCACUCCUUGCCCAUUCAUUUUGCCUUGCCUUAUACCUUACUUUCCACCUCUUUGCAAUUGCCCCAAAAUUCCUGUCCUCGCUCCCACUCGCAUCCCCAUCUCUCUCGCCGCCUUCGUCCCAAGAAACCACCGUCCCCGUUUGGAUCAUGGUGCACUCGAGUCGGCACCUACUUUCCUAGAUCCAAGCAAGUGCAGACGUGAGAGGCAUUUGAGAAAUACGACUGCUCCACGUCGCAAUGGGCAAUAGCCAGGGCAAGCCCAUCGAUUUGGAUGGUGAAGUCAACCUCAAUCAUUUCCGCCUACUGCGAGUAGUCGGGCGAGGUGCCUUUGGCAAAGUGCGCAUUGUCGAAAGAAAAGACACGAAUCUGUCCUUUGCCCUGAAGUACAUCCGGAAAGAUGAAGUCGUGCGAUCGGAGAGUGUGCGGAACAUUAUACGAGAGCGCCGAAUGCUCGAGCACGUGAAUCAUCCUUUCAUCUGCAACUUGCGCUACAGUUUUCAAGAUAUCGAGUACAUGUACCUUGUUGUCGAUUUGAUGAGCGGUGGUGAUCUACGAUUCCACAUUUCAAGAAAGACCUUUACCGAGGAUGCAGUGCGCUUCUGGAUUGCCGAGCUGGGAUGCGCUCUCCGCUACAUCCACAGCCAGAACAUCAUCCAUCGCGAUGUUAAACCCGACAAUGUUCUCCUUGACGCCGAUGGCCAUGUGCAUUUGACUGACUUUAACGUCGCCUCCGACAUCAUUCCUGGCAAGGUCUUGUCGAGCAAGUCAGGCACUCUUGCGUACCUAGCACCCGAAGUGUACGCCGGCAAGGGCUACGAUGUGCGUGCGGAUUGGUGGUCGCUGGGUGUCCUGUUUUACGAAUGCAUAUAUAACAAGAGGCCAUUCGAUGGCAACUCAGAGAACACAUUGAGCCAACAAAUUCAGCUCGCUAAUCCCAAGUACCCCAUCACUUCACCGCCCGUCAGUUUACCCUGUUUAUACGCCAUCCGAGACGCCUUGGACGUCAACCGUGACAAACGAAUGGGAUCGACGUGGGAGAGUUUCACCAAGCACGAAUUCUUCAUGAUGAUCGACUUUGAGGCGCUCGAGCGGAAAGAAAUCGAGCCCGUCUUCGUCCCUGCUGCCGACAAGACCAACUUUGACGCCACGUAUGACCUCGAAGAAUUACUUUUGGAGGAAGCUCCCCUUGAAGCGAGAGCCCGACGACAGAAGCCCCGUGAGAGACUCAAGGAGUAUGCAUCCGACAAGGAAAUCAGAGAAGACGAACUGUACCGUAUGAUCGAAAACGAGUUCCGCCCAUUCGACUACACGUUGGCUGCUUACAAAAAAAUCACUGGCCAAGCCGACGAAUGUGGCUACGUCAACGGCGACAUGGUGACGAUGAACCAGCCCCAGGCGUUGACAACAGAUGAAGCCACACCUGCGGCCAUGGCCACGAAUGGGGGAGCGUCGAGGGCUUCCCAUCUUGCGGGCCCGUUGCGCAAGAGCACAAGCUUGGAGAAGCGGCCGGGAAGCAGUCAUACCGGCGUGCCUCGUCGACCAGUCUCCAAGCCACCCCCGAUACCGCACUAUCCCAGUGAGUAUUCCAAUCAAAGAGCGCCGCCUCCAGGGGCAGGAAAGAGGGUCACCAGCCCGACUGGUGGCAUGCAGGUCACACUAGACGGUGGCGGCAGCUGGUCCGAUCUCGCCCGGCAGGAUGCCACCCUGCCAACGGACGCCAAUGCCAUCAGCGAAGGGAAAUCCGAAAGCUCUAGCGGCGUAUUCGGAUUCCUUCGGGGAAAGAAGGGGAGAGGACACAGCCCGAAACCGAAGGAAAGAGGAGUAUUGGGAAAGGAGGGCGCAAGACAGGUCAUUGGCUAGAAGACAACUGUGGUCUGUUGAAGAGUGGAAUAGACGCACAGUAAGAGAAGGAUCGAUACCCGAGGAACUCAGUAACGUAACGAGAAUCCACCAACCGACGUCCCCGGAGAACACGCAGUAGGUAGCCUGCGGAUGGCUAGAUUAAGGUAUGCCAAAAACCGACGAUGCCGGAGCCAGUGCGGCUUAUCACUCCGGAGGGAACUUGCGCCGUAGAGAAUUCACUGGGAACAGACUGCCACGCCGAGACGGCAGACAUUACAUGCGGCCGGAUCGGACUGAAUUGUCUGCUGGGCGAACCUUCUCUCACCCGCGGGCAAGACGAAAGUGGGUUGUACAUCUGACGCAGCGUCGAAGGCAACCCUUGCGGCUGCCGAGCCUGGCGGUCUUGAAUCAUGGCAAGAGUCUCAACCUGUCGAGUCACAGGAUGUAUGAGCAUGAAGCGAUAGGCCAUGAAGCAAUUCAUGAGGCAUCAGAUGGCACGAGCUGUGGAGUAUCGGAAGGAGAUAGGUCAACCGACGAAAGAAAUAUACCCUUUGUAAUGCCAGCCUGCGUUGUACAUGCACAUGAG